CUGGCAGUUUAGAUGUUCCAGUCAUGGCUUUCUACAAAGUGAUCUGUUUGGCUGCUGUGCUGAUGCUGCUGACCCAAGAGUCUGAGUCACAGCUGAAUGUUUGCGGUCAGGCGAGUCUGAACACCAGGAUUGUAGGAGGACAGGACGCCACUCCUGGCAGCUGGCCCUGGCAGGUCAGUCUGCAAACAUCUGGGAGGCACUUCUGUGGAGGAUCCCUCAUUAACAAUCAGUGGGUGCUGUGUGCUGCUCACUGCUUUCAGAGUUACACUGCAAGCGAUGUGACUGUGUAUCUGGGCCUUCAGAGUCUGCAGGGAUCCAACACCAAUAAGGUGUCUCGUUCAGUAUCACAGGUCAUCAUACAUCCCAACUACAACUCUGAUACAGAUGACAACGACAUCUCCCUCCUGAAGCUCUCCUCAUCAGUGACUUUCACCAACUACAUUCGGCCCGUCUGCCUGGCAGCCUCAAACAGCACCUUCUACAGCGGCUCUAACACCUGGGUCACCGGCUGGGGCACUAUUGCAAGUGGAGUGUCCCUUCCUUUCCCACAAAACCUGAUGGAGGUGGAGGUUCCCAUUGUGGGAAACAGGAAGUGUAACUGUAACUAUGGAGUGGGAAAAAUCACUGACAACAUGGUCUGUGCCGGGUUAUCUGCAGGAGGCAAGGACUCCUGUCAGGGGGAUUCAGGAGGUCCAAUGGUGAUCAAGCAGAACGGUCUCUGGAUUCAGGCGGGAAUCGUCAGUUUUGGGAGAGGUUGUGCCUUGCCAAACUUCCCAGGAGUCUAUGCCAGAGUAUCCCGGUACGAGACCUGGAUCAACGGCCUGAUCACCUCCAACCAGCCGGGCUUCAUCACAUUCACAUCCAGCGGAACCGACAGUGAUCUCAGUGUCUCCUGCACAGGACUGCCACCAGUUACAACCACCAUCCCUCCAACAACUACUCCCCGACCUGUGGUCUGCGGACAAGCGCAGAAGAAUUCUCGCAUCUUGAAUGGAACCUCAGUGGUGACGGCCGGAUUGUGGCCGUGGAUGGCGAGUCUACAGAAGAAUGGAAGUCAUGUGUGUGGUGGGACUCUGGUGGCCGUGGACUCAGUGCUGAGCAACGCCAACUGUUUCUCAAACUCCUCUGUAGCAUCUGAGUGGACUGUCGUGUUGGGUCGUCUGAAGCAAAAUGGAUCCAACCCCUUUGAGGUGACGCUGAACGUGACAAAUAUCACUCUGAGCCAGUCAAAUGGGACCAACAUAGCCAUUCUCCAUCUAUCAGCCAGGCCCACUCUGACCGACUACAUCCAGCCUAUCUGCUUGGACAACGGACGAACCUUCUCCGAGGGCUCGGUGUGCUGGUCAGCCGGCUGGAGUCCUGGAAGAGGAGGGGCUGAGCAAGCUCUGCAGGAGUUUCAGACCUCAGUGGUAAAUUGUGGGAAUGCAUCAUCGAGUGAGAACAUCUGUACAGGAUCUUUUACUCUGGAGCAGGGCGAUUCUGGCGGCCCGCUGAUGUGUAAGCAGGACGGCUCUUGGUUCCAGGCGGCUGUGUUAACAGCUCAAAGCAACUCCACCAGGACAAGACAAGAGACUGGAGUUAUGAUUUUCACCAGAAUGAGCACCUUUAACACCUUCCUGAGUCAGACGUUGGGGACAUUCUUGUCUCCAGCCUCCACGACCAACACCACCACUAACGCUGCAUCCACAACUGUAUCACAACCCAAUGGGGGCCCUCCUGCUCACUCCCUCAUCUUUGUCUUCGUCCAUCUCCUCAGCCUUGCCUUAUGUCUCCAGCUCUUCUUGUAGAGAAGUCUGACUUGAUUUACAUGAUGUGAUGCAUGCAAAUGAAUGUUAAUGAGCCUCGACUUUGAGACUUAAAGCUGUGGCCAGCAGGGGGCGACUCCUCUGGUUGCAAAAUGGCUUCUAGUCGCAUAGAAGUCUUUGAGAAAAUGACCCAACUUCCCACUUGAUCCUGAUGAAUCUGUGGCCUCGUUUGCAAAUUUUACAGUCUACUUUAGUACAAUCUGAGGCACAUUUUGUAAACUACAGCCCCAUUUAGAGUAAAUAACUGUCAGAGUCGAGGCUUCAAAUAUGGUCAUCCACAAACCAAUGGAUAUGUCCAUCUUUUAUUUACAGUGGUAUGAAUUUAGGACUUUCGAUGAGUAACUUGAUCCAUAUACAGAUGAUUAAUUAAUCUUGUAUAAGUAUAAUUAAAAGAAUGCACUUUAUUCACCAAUGCGUACCAUGUGAGCAGAAGGUGCUGUUAACAUGUUUUUGAACAUGUUUUUUUUUAACUUGAGGGGUUCACACUGAUUAAUGAUUAAUUUUCUAAUGCCUAAAGAUGACCUAUUCUGCUCAUUUCCAGCUCCAUGUUUUAAUUAUUGGACUCUAAGGUAAUUGUCUUCUGAUUGGCUGCUACUCCUAAACAAAAAUUUGGGCUUCUCUGCCACAGGGAUUACUUAAAUAAACUGACCUCAUUAUUGAUGCUUUGAUCAUGUUUAAUAUGAGCAUCCAAAACCGGAACAGGAGAUAUGACAGGAAACAAGGAAAAGCAAAACAAGUCCACUCUAGGAGAAUAACUUUGUGCCCAUUUCACUGCUGCUCUGAUGUAAUGUGGUCACCGACCCUCUGAGCUGGACUUUGGUUUAAGGUGUAAAAACUAGAUGUUAGAUUCAACUCAUUGCGCGCACAAGGCACACACCAAAUUAAUCAUUCGAGAUCACUCAUCUAGAGACGAGUAUCUGCAGUGUUACCGUCAGGCAAUGUGGUUUAAGUUUCUUGCCCAAGGACACAACGCAGUGCAGGGCUCGAACCAGCAACCUCCAGCUGCACGGCAAACACCUACCCACUGUGCCACUGCCACAUAUAUGAAAAUGAAGGAUUUUUUAAAACUUGCACUGAACAUAAAAAUUUAACCACUUAAUGAUUUUAAUUAAUGAAUUAAAUCAAUGAUGAAAACUUUGAAAUCUUUGUAUUUUAUAAUUUUACUGAAUGAAGAAGUUUUUUUUGUCUUUUCAGGACAGAGCAGAUUAUUAACUGUAACAUUACAGUUACAAACAUGUCACUAAUUGCACCGCACACAAGUCUGAACAAACUCAUUGUUAUGAAGUAUCCUUACAGUCUUUAUUGAUCAGAUUUAAAGCUGUAUAAUUCGGAGAACCCAGGAAUACGGGGACAAUGAUCAGCUCAUCCCUCAUCUACCUCGUAUCUGGCCCCCCAAUAUUUAGCACUUAAAUAAACAGUAUUUGCCCUGAAAACUGUUAAAUUGCACUGUAAAACAAAGUUAUGUGAUUUGGAGGAUAAAUGAAUAAAAAACAUGCAGAAAAAACCUGCCUCUCGAUUGUAAUUUGCAGAAGACCUCCACCACCCUGUUACAAUCAGUAACAUUAAAUAUUUAGGUAUACAUGUUUCUGCCGGGAUCUCAGACUCGGUGCGGCUUUACACCUCUGCUAAAAAAAUUCAAUUCAAUUCAGUUCAAUUCAGAGAAAACCCAACAGUCCAAAUGACCCCCCCCCCCCCCCCCCAUGAGCAAGCACUUGGUAGCGAUGGGAAGGAAAAACUCCCUUUUUACUGAGGUGGAACCAAAACUGUCUUGCAGGCAGCAGAAAAUAAGAACUUUUUCUUGGAGUUGAAUGAAGCAAGUGGUUCUUCUGCACUAAAAAACUAAUCAUUAAAUAUUUGUAAUGAUGUCAGGUCCAGGGCAACCUACAUCUCACAGAAGCUAACAGCUGUCACCUUAUUAUUUGGACUGCACUUGACUUUGUAACCUUACCUGUCCACAGAGAACAAACUUGGGCUGUUAACAUUAUAACUUUGGAAAUAUUCCACCAGGACAUUUUCCUACGUUCUAUAAGAACUAUAAAAUAUGAUCUGCAUUAUGGAUGCAUGAAUCCAGGGCUGUCCAGUUCAGUUUUGGUAUUUACAUCUUUGCUUUGGAUAUUUGAUGAUACUAUGCACUGAUCUGAAACCAGCAUUCUUUGUAACAUAUAAAAAAAUGCAAUACAGAAUAAAAUACUGAAUAGUUUUUUUCAACAUCUUGCUUUUAUGUGAAAAACGUUUUUUUAAAAAAAAGGGCUGAUACCUCAAAACUGUCAAUCCCUUGCUGUAAACUUUCUCGUUGUUAUGUUAUGGUCAGCGUACAUCAGAAGAGAUCAGCUUGAAUCCACCUAUUUAAGUGAGGAUUGAACCAAUAUCUCACCAAAUAUUGGGUCAGUGCAUCCAUAAUGCCAAUGCUAUUUGAAUUGUUAAA